AUGCCAAGAGCAAGAAUCAAACUUGGGCUCAUUAGUUAUAGCACUCUCUCUCGUGUGCUUUGUCCAUGGCUUUCUCCAGCGAUACUCUCCCUCAAUUGCUCGUCUGCUGUCGGCGGCCAGGUUGGCCGAUUAACUCAGCUUGGGGUUAUCAGGGCCCAAAUUCUGAAUUCUACUUACAGUACAGUGGUGCAAGCUCAAAUAUCUAACCAAAGAACUGCUACAGCGAUGGUUUCAUUGGAGGAUCAACACAACCACCAAAGCAGUUACUAUCCAGAGAAAAAUGCUGGUGGCGAGAAAAGGGGCCAAAUUGGAUGGAAUGUUUCUAGAAAGGAUAAAGUUGACUUUCUUGUAAGAACUCUUCUUGAUCUCAAUGACAGUAAGGAGGCUGUUUAUGGUACUCUUGAUGGAUGGGUUGCUUGGGAGCAAGACUUUCCCAUUGGAAAAAUUAGGAUGGCAUUGACUUCUCUUGAGAAGGAACAGCAGUGGCAUAGAAUUGUUCAGGUAAUUAAAUGGAUGCUGAGCAAGGGACAGGGAAACACAAUGGGAACAUAUGGGCAACUAAUACGAGCUUUAGAUAUGGACCAAAGACCAGAAGAAGCACACAAGUUUUGGAACAAGAAGAUUGGCAUUGAUCUGCAUUCAGUUCCAUGGCAGUUAUGCAAAAGUAUGAUUGGUAUAUACUACCGAAACAACAUGUUGGAGAGUCUUGUAAAGCUUUUUGAGGGCCUGGAAGCUUUUGAUCGCAAACCUCCCGUGAAAUCAAUAGUCCAGAGAGUGGCAGAUGCAUAUGAGAUGUUAGGCAGGAUUGAAGAAAAAGAAAGGGUGUUGCAGAAGUACAACCAUCUUUUCACAGAAAAUGCAUCACUCAAGAAAUCUAGAGAGGCCUCGGCUAAGAAAAAGAAGAAACUUGGUUAG